CGCCCAGAUACACACCCACACCCUCGCACCGACACUGACACAGUCAGGCGCACACACAGCCCCACACCCCCACACCAUGUUGUUGUGCGGAAGGACUUCCACUCCCUGCCUGUGUCGUUGAUGUCAGUGCCCAGGACAGCCUCCCGGCGCUGCGGCUCCCCUGGCUGAUGCUGAUGCUGCGGCUCGGAGCUCGACACUAGGAAUCAGAAGCCGCUGCUCCGCCCCGGCCCCCACCACCCCCAACAUCUGCAUGUUCCCGCCGCGCUGGCCGCUUGCUGCCUCCCCAGCCGGCAGCCUUCCUACGGACUGAGGCUCCCCGGAGCGCUGGAUUCUGCUGGGAGACCCAUCGACCCUCGGAAGAGGAAAUCUUGAGGAUUUUAAUUUCAGUGGUUUGAUUUUUGUCGAGUGGAUCUAUCCAUUCGGGAGCUGAAUUAGGAAGGAAACAUGACGUCUCCAGCUAAAUUCAAAAAGGAUAAGGAGAUCAUAGCAGAAUACGAUACUCAGGUCAAAGAGAUCCGUGCCCAACUCACGGAACAGAUGAAAUGUUUAGACCAACAGUGUGAGCUACGAGUACAGCUGUUGCAAGAUCUUCAGGACUUCUUCCGAAAGAAGGCUGAAAUUGAGAUGGACUACUCCCGAAACUUGGAGAAGCUUGCAGAGCGCUUCCUGGCCAAGACUCGGAGCACCAAGGACCAGCAGUUCAAGAAGGAUCAGAAUGUUCUCUCACCAGUUAACUGCUGGAACCUCCUCUUGAACCAAGUGAAACGAGAGAGCAGGGAUCACACCACCCUGAGCGACAUAUACCUGAAUAACAUCAUCCCACGCUUUGUCCAAGUCAGUGAAGAUUCUGGAAGGCUCUUUAAAAAGAGCAAAGAAGUCGGCCAGCAGCUCCAGGAUGAUUUGAUGAAGGUCUUGAACGAGCUGUAUUCGGUAAUGAAGACAUAUCACAUGUACAAUGCUGACAGCAUCAGUGCCCAGAGUAAACUGAAGGAGGCCGAAAAGCAGGAAGAGAAGCAGAUUGGCAAAUCAGUGAAGCAGGAAGACCGGCAAACACCUCGAUCGCCAGACUCCACCGCCAAUGUCCGCAUUGAAGAGAAGCACGUCCGCAGGAGCUCAGUAAAGAAAAUUGAGAAGAUGAAGGAGAAGCGCCAAGCCAAGUACACAGAGAAUAAGCUGAAGGCCAUUAAAGCCCGGAAUGAGUACUUGCUGGCUCUGGAGGCGACCAACGCAUCUGUCUUCAAGUACUACAUCCAUGACCUCUCUGACCUCAUUGAUCAGUGUUGUGACCUAGGAUACCAUGCCAGUCUGAACCGGGCCCUGCGUACUUUCCUGUCAGCCGAGCUCAACCUGGAACAGUCAAAACACGAGGGCCUGGAUGCCAUUGAAAAUGCCGUUGAGAACUUAGAUGCCACCAGCGAUAAGCAGAGACUGAUGGAAAUGUACAACAAUGUCUUCUGCCCACCCAUGAAGUUUGAGUUCCAGCCGCACAUGGGAGACAUGGCCUCGCAGCUCUGUGCUCAGCAGCCGGUCCAGAGUGAGCUGGUCCAGAGGUGCCAGCAGCUGCAGUCCCGAUUAUCCACCCUCAAGAUUGAGAAUGAAGAGGUGAAGAAGACGAUGGAGGCCACCCUGCAGACCAUCCAAGACAUCGUAACCAUUGAGGACUUUGACGUGUCUGACUGCUUCCAGUACAGCAACUCCAUGGAGUCUGUCAAGUCUACUGUCUCAGAAACCUUCAUGAGCAAACCCAGUAUUGCCAAGAGGAGAGCCAACCAGCAGGAGACAGAGCAGUUCUACUUUACGAAAAUGAAGGAGUAUUUGGAGGGCAGGAACCUCAUCACCAAACUUCAGGCCAAGCAUGACCUUCUUCAAAAAACCCUGGGAGAAAGUCAGCGGACAGACUGCUCUUUGGCCAGCCAACGGAGCUCAACAAUAAGGAAACAGGACUCGAGUCAAGCGAUUCCUCUUGUAGUGGAGAGUUGCAUCCGCUUCAUCAGCAGACAUGGACUGCAGCAUGAAGGCAUAUUCCGGGUGUCUGGAUCCCAAGUGGAGGUGAAUGACAUCAAAAACGCCUUUGAGAGAGGAGAGGACCCGCUGGCCGGAGACCAGAAUGACCACGACAUGGAUUCCAUAGCAGGUGUCCUGAAGCUUUACUUCCGUGGGCUGGAACACCCCCUCUUCCCCAAGGACAUCUUCCAUGACCUGAUGUCCUGUGUCAGUAUGGACAACCUUCAGGAAAGAGCCCUGCACAUCCGGAAAGUCCUCCUUGUCCUUCCCCAGACAACGCUGGUCAUCAUGAGAUAUCUCUUCGCCUUCCUCAGUCAUUUAUCACAGUUCAGUGAAGAGAACAUGAUGGAUCCCUACAACCUCGCCAUCUGCUUUGGGCCUACGCUAAUGUCGGUGCCCGAAGGCCAUGACCAGGUCUCCUGCCAGGCCCAUGUGAAUGAGCUAAUCAAAACCAUCAUCAUCCAGCACGAGAAUAUCUUCCCGAGCCCCAGGGAGCUGGAGGGCCCCGUCUACAGCAGAGGAGGAAGCAUGGAGGAUUACUGUGAAAGCCCCCAUGGAGAGACUACCUCAGCUGAAGACUCAGCACAGGACAUAACCGUGGACCACCACACCAGCGACGAUGAGUGUGAGCCCAUUGAGGCCAUUGCCAAGUUUGACUACAUCGGCCGGACAGCCCGAGAACUGUCCUUCAAGAAGGGGGCCUCCUUGCUGCUCUACCACAGGGCCUCUGAUGACUGGUGGGAGGGCCGACACAAUGGCAUUGAUGGACUCAUCCCUCAUCAGUACAUCGUGGUCCAAGACACCGAGGAUGGUGUCGCGGAGAGGUCGAGCCCCAAGUCUGAGAUGGAGGUCAUUUGUGAGCCACCUGAAGAAAAGGUGACAGCCAGAGCGGGGGCCAGCUGUCCCAGUGGGGGUCAUGUAGCCGAUAUUUAUCUUGCAAACAUCAACAAGCAGAGGAAGCGGCCAGAAUCUGGGAACAUCAGGAAAGCCUUCCGGCAGAGCGAGGGCCAUGGGCUAAGCAGCCCCCUGCUGGACUCCUCCUCCCCAGGGCCCGGGGGAGCCAGCUGCCGUCCCUCCUCCCAGCCUGUCAGCAGCCAGAGUCUCCCCAAGGAGGGGCCCGAGAAGUGUUCUGCCAGUGGGCACGGGGGUCUCAAUUCCAUCAGCCGACACUCGUCUCUGAAGAAUCGACUGGACAGUCCUCAGAUCCGGAAGACAGUAACGGCAGGGAGGUCCAAGAGCUUCAACAACCAUCGGCCCAUGGACCCUGAGGUUAUCGCGCAGGACAUUGAGGCAACGAUGAAUUCUGCCCUGAAUGAACUCCGGGAGCUCGAGCGGCAAAGCAACGUGAAGCACACGCCUGACGUGGUCCUGGACACCCUGGAGCCCCUAAAGACCUCUCCGGUGGUAGCACCUACUUCAGAACCCUCUAGCCCCCUGCACACCCAGCUCCUCAAGGACCCUGAACCCGCCUUCCAGCGCAGCGCCAGUACGGCUGGGGACAUCCCCUGCGCUUUCCGGCCGGUCAAGUCAGUCAAGAUGGCCGCCCCGGUCAAGCCACCAGCCACACGGCCUAAGCCGGUGGUCUUCCCCAAAACCAACGCCACCAGUCCUGGCGUCAACUCGUCAGCAUCCCCACAGCCCACUGACAAGUCUUGUACGGUCUGACGGACACCAUCCGAUUGUUCCAGACAAGGGGACUUGAGGAACCAGAGACUGUUAUUAAAAUCUUCCUAUUUAACUAGCUUGGGGACUUCAGCUGAAAAUUAGAUUCUAAGUUAUUCCUGCAGGAAUAGACUUCCCAGCCGCCCAAACCCUUGAGAAUGAAGCUCUCCCUGUCUCCUUCCCUGCCCACCCCCACCUGUUCCCUGGCCCCCUUCCUUAGCUUCCCUUGGUCAGUCAUAAUCCAGCCAGCUACAGUAUAUACCAGUCUUAGGCAAUAGCCAGAAAUAGAUCUUUCCAUUAUCAGGUCACUGUGAAAUCUGGCAAGGCAAACAGUAAAGAUGUGGCUCGAAUCUCAGUCCUCCUCAAGUCACCCAGGAUGCCUUGCCAAAGUGGUUGGCUGCUAAUACACCCACCUCUCAGUAACACCAUGUUUGGGUACUGGUUAAAAUGAACCAUAUAGUCUCUGCUUCAUUACACACAUACACACACACACACACACACACACACACACGCCAACAGUUGUAGAUUAGUCUCUGGCAUGUGUAGACACUCCUGGUUCCGUGACCCAUGGCUGUGUGUCUCUUUGUAAGUUAUUGUGGCAGUUCACACAGUGACCACCAGGGUCUGUUUGUUUCCGUUACAAACCCUAUUUUGUCUGGGACAGGAGAACUCAGCCAUAGAAAUCUCUCAUUAAAUGAAACUUAAUCAGGAUGGGAUUUGACCCCCGAGCUCCACGUGGGCUUAGGGGAUUUCUCUCUUCAGCCUCUUUUUACUGAUGUGGUUUGGUUGGUUGGUGUUUACAUCUGUCCCCUUCAUCCUCCAUAACUACAACCAAACUCUGUAGUAAGUAAUAAUCCCUUGUAAAAAUUACCUGAAUGAUACAUUCACGUUAGGUGGGAGAAGGGGCAUCCUACUUCCAUUUUCUACACUAGAAGGAAUCCCACUGAAGAUGGUUUUAGUACCUGGACCCUUGAAAAUGGUUUUAGGAGAGUUUCAUGGUCUUCAGGGCAGGUUUGGGAAAGUUAGCUAGUGGCAUGUUGUUCUUCUCGUCCUCCUUUGGGGCACUUAAGACUCAAAGACUUAUUGUCCUGAAGUCAGUCAGUCAUCAAUCUAUUUGGCUCCAAGAGAUCCAGUGAAAUUUCAAAGUAGGUUUGGCCCCUAGAAGCAAGGUGACUCGGAUGCCACUUGUAAGUUGCUGCCCACUGUCCUUCAGCCUGUGUCUCCUGGCUUUAGUUACCACCCAGUGCCUCCCGGUAGAAGGGGGGGGGGCUUGGGGAGCCAUUGUCCGAUGUUGAGAGCCACUUGUUGGCCAAAUCUGUCAACAGCCAUCUAGGAAUACCUGUCUUGGUUGUAUAUUGAUUCCACAAACCAAAAAGUCUCCCUGAGACUGAAAUCUGAAGACACUAUCAGCAGCUGAGUAGGUUAACUGAGCCUGUGAAUAAGGAAGGGACUGAUGGGCCAACAGUUUCCUUCCCCGAUCCUUCUCCCACGGCCCACACAAAAGGUCAAGAUGAUUUCACCAUCUGCUCUAGCCCAGCCUCCCAAAUCCUACCCGCUACUUACCUCUCCCCUGAUAUCAUUCUGUGCCGGGAAUACUGGGGUGAAAGGCCAAGCCGCUUAGAGCUCCUGGGUCUCAGAUAAAGAGAUGAGUUAAGGCCCAACCCCAUGUGUUACCUUAGAACCACAGAAGCUGUGUUUUCUGGUUUGGAGUCAUAUUCUUUACCUGAUAACUUUUCUGUGGUUUCAGAGAGAUAUGUGGUAGUUGUCUUUUGGGAGAGAAACCUAAAUUUUCCAAUGUUUGGCUCAAAACACCUAUCCUAAAUCACCAUUUUUUUUUUAAAUGGUUUGGAGUCAGAUCUAUCAGAGGUAGCAUUCCUUUAUCCUUCAUAAAGAAAUGAGCUUUGUGAGGAGGCACUUAGCAGAAAGAAGCUUUGGAACAUGGAGGGCCAAGGCCCCAAGAGGUGGAUUCCUUCGGUGACAUGACCAGACCUGGAAGAGAUGACUUAGAACCACUGGACUCGUUGAGCAGUCAGCUGCUCUGUUUAGUAGCUCCCAAAAGGGAUGGUUUGUUCUAAGCCCUGAGCCUCCAAUGGAUCUGUCCCCCCUGGGGAUCCUUUUCCGUCGGAGCAAGGAGAGCCUCAUCCUUCACUCUACAUUCCUUAGGUGACAGCUUGGAGAUCCUCUUCACCCAAUGAUCUGAGUUGGAACCCACACCUUCCAUUUUCCUCCUACCCUCCCCAAUUCCAGGAAAGGGUGGAGAAGUUUUCUCAAAACAAAGUCUUUGGAUCUGUUCUGUUACUUCUUGCCUUCUUUCUUUUUGUGUCCUCUACAUCCCCUCCACUCCCCGUCCCACCCAGCCAACAUCCAUCUGCUGAUGGGCAUCAUGAGCUGAGCAGUGUGUGAAUGGGAACCCACAGUUCAAAGUCUUAGCCAGCCCUCCAUGCCCCUAGGGGGUGGGGGGUGGCGUUGUCUUCCCCAUCUCUGGUGCUUCUGGCACCGUGGAGAUAUCUGGUCCUGCCAAGGGGACUCGGAGCCAGUGGGGAGAGAGCCCAUCUUGGCGGGGCACUGUGCAAUCGGCCAGAAUGGAGGUGGCACACUGUGAUUUUUACACCAAAUUGGGAGCCAGCAACCCAAGGGACCCUGCAGAGAGAGCCCUCUGCUGAGUACCCUGGCCCAAACCAGCGGCACACACGUGAGAGACAUCCCGCCGCCUCUGUGGUGUGUGUUGUGAACUCUGAAGGGGAGGAACAGGAAUUAGUCCUUGUGUUGUACAGUAGGGCCUGCACCCUACCUGAAAGAAAAGAACAAUGAAUUUCCACCCAACAGCAUGCUGGCCCCAGCCCCGUCCCCCAGGGAGCCAGGGUUCCUCCUGCAGAGAUGAGAUGAUGCUGGCGGAGGAAUGAACAGACCACUUUGGAAGGGCUGGUAUAGAUGUACUUCCUAUUCAGAAGAGAUAUUAGAUCUUCCAGGGAAAUGCAAUGUUGUGGCGUAUGACUUGUAUGUAACGUUUGUGUAAAAUGGUAUAUUCUUUAAAACAAUUGUGUUGAUAACUGGAAUAAUGUAUGUAUGUAUGCUUGGAAAUGCUUUGUAUGAACAUAAGGCUGUCACUCAACAAAGGUUGGAUUGGGGAGAAUCCAAAGCACAACUUCAAAAUAAAAUACAUUUUUAGGUUA